AUGCCAAACAAGUGGGUGGGGGAUAGGUUCGUGCCUCGACCAGUUGUGUCGUAUGGGGUGUACGAAGGGCCGGUCCGAUUCGGGAGACCCGUCGAGGGAUCUGAACAGCUCGAGAGCGGGGACGAUGAGCUGCGGCUCGCGUUUGGGCAGGGGCUGUGGGGCGGCAGACUGCCAGACGACUGGCAGGUGAUAGACGCGGAAAUGUACGCGGUGCUGGCUUACCUGCGUAAGAUGGCGACGGCGGAAGAUGCGGCGGACAGGAGGUGCCUCGUCUUGAGCGACUGCAAGCCCGCGCUACAGCAGAUCGAGGCGGCGUAUCGAAGAGGCUCUCUUGAGGGGCUCAGGGAAUGGGACCGAGGAGGGAUGUUAGAGGGGAUAUGCAGAUAUCGCGCCCAGCUCGAAUCCGUCACGUUCCUGUGGGUACCGAGCCACGCGGGGUGCGCUAGCAACGCCUACGCCGACGCCGCGGCGACGGCAUACACAGGGGCCAGCGAGAUUGAGGAUGCCACAGCGGUCAUUCGGGGAGCGGUACUGGACCGGAGGACCUAUUACGCCACACGCGGCCACGCGAACGAGUGGGUGCGAGGACGGCUCGGCGAGGGGCUCACGGCGGGGUCGCACACGGCAGGGGUGACGGGGCCGCUGUGGAGCGAUGUGGUCAGGGGAACGACGAGACACAAACGGGACAAGCGCCAGCGGAUCAAGGAUCAGCACGGCGAGCGCGAGAUUGAAUUCGCCGACGUGGAUGAUCACAACGUGGUGACAAAGACCGUCAUGGGAGCGCGUGUGCGGCAGCAGGCGGGGGUGCCACACGGAGCGCAUCACGAGAGGAUUAUGCGGGGAGAGGCGGGGAGAGAGACCCCGGGUGCCGCCACAAGGAGCGAACUCAGGGGCUGCCUCGUCUGUAAGGCCGCGAGGGACGCGGCGAGGAGGGCGGCACUAAAGCGAGACCCGCUGUGUCCGAUCGUGCGGAAAGCCGCGCAGCAAUGGACCGAGGAAGAUGAGAACCCGCCUAGAGCGACGAUGGCGCACUUGCUUAGCGGCGCCUGCCUGGGGAAUAGGGAGCAGGCCAGAUGGUUCCUCAGAGUGGCGCGAGCGCAGACGGGGACGGCGAUCAGCAAAGUAGCCCAGGCGGCACCCGACUCCAAGGAUACGCUGAAGACGCGGAGGAUAGCGCAUGUCGCUGCGCUGAAGGGCCCACGCUAUAGGGUGCUGGAUGAGGACGGGUACGAUGCACUAGCCCCAGCCGUCGGGGGGGUGUUGCCGGCGCUGGUAGAUGAUCUCUCGGAGAAGAGCCGGAGGGACCUUGGCGCCGGGGUCACGAGGAACUUGCAAGUCGUGGCCGAGGCGGCGACAGGAGCGGUGCAGAGGUGGAUCCAGCUCAAUGAUGAGGCUACAGCGCGCAUAAUGAAGAGAGAGGAACACAUCGAGUGGCUGAGGAAGCUCUUCACUGGGUGGAAGGAGGCUCGGCCGGCCUUGAGGGAGUCGCGGAGGAGGAGGGAUGACGCAGGCAACGCAGGGACAGGCCAGCAGCCAGUGGGACGAACGAGGGCCGCGACGGCGGCUCAAGCGGGAGGGAGCGGAGACGGUGGGCAGCGAGCGAAGUGGGUGAGACUGAUGAUGCUCCUUCGACUUAGGGAGCGGUUCAGCUGCUGGGCGGGCUUCAGGCUGGUGCUCACGCGAAAAGGAAUCGACGCGAUGUACAAAGCAUACAAGAAGAGGAGAAAAAAGAGGAGAGGCGCCAGUGAUGACGAAGCAGAAACUAGCGCAGACGAGAGCAGGGCAGAACCGGGGACUGGGGAGCCGGAGCAGACGGCAUCGGCCGCCGAGGGAACGUUGGGAAGAGGCACGAGGAGGGCGGCGACCUCGACCGACUAUGGAGGACCCGUCGCCAGACGACGCAGGGCAGAAGACGGUGAGGCGGAGCAAACGCGCAGGGCGAGACGAGGGAGGGAGCAGGAUGUUGCGGAGAUCAGCAGGAGGAUGUACGACGAGAUUAGGAGCAGCAGGGACCCGAGGGACCAUGUGGAAGACGGCUAG